GUCAUGCUGGUUAUAAGGCCACGCUAGCCGGUAUCAAAGUCCAUUGGUGUAGAGUAUUCGUUACUGCUAACAUGGAAGAGGGACGAAAACUUACGGAGGAACAAUAUGAAAUUUAUGAAACCUCCUGUCGCAGGAUCGAUAAAUUUCUCCAGAAAUUCAAAGAGAAUCGAAGCCUGAAGGAUAUUCAUUUCAACGAAGGCAACAUCAUAUUAGAAGUAAUCGAGCAACUUGACCAAAGGGAUGUAAAAUUGGCAAUUAUCAAGUACUUCGCAUCUUGUGAUGAAAUCUUUGAAAUAUUUACAAUGGUUUGGGAAAAUCUUGUAAGUCUAAAAUUCUCCAAUCUUUUCAACUUCAGUAAGUUGGCACAAUUAGGGCUUGGUAUUGGCAACUUAACGGAUUUUUCUUAUGACUUCGGCUAUGCUUUUGGGGAGAAGGGCCUCCUAACCUUGCUCCUUCGAGAUAUCAAGACGAAAAAUCUUGGGGAUAGGCGAACAGGCUUCGCACUUACGAUUAUUUAUAACUGCUGUUGGAGAGUUCCAGAGAAUAGAAUCAUCUGUCGAGAGUACGUUGAUACCUUCCAGGAUUGUGCGCAAUCUAAGGACCCUGAAAUUCAGGCCGAUGCAUUCCUGACACUUUCUUACAUCGUUGACAAAUCGGAGGUCCACAAGAUAUCCUUAAAUGAGCCAUGUCUGAAGUUUCUCCUUUUGGCUCUCAAGUCGGCCUUGGGAUCACCGGACGGUCGGUCCCCUGUCUAUGGCUACUCGACAUUCGAGCUGCUCCAGGGACUCAACCAGCUCACCAUCAACGAUUCUAACAAGCUACUUGUCGUUAAGUUUGGAGGGAUUGAGGUCCUAGAGAGAAUCUUGGUGAGAGACGGAUCGAGCAACGAAGAAAAGCUUUGGGCUGCCCGAGGAGUAUGGCAAUUGGCUUUCAAAGAAUCAAACAAAGUAAAAAUACGGCACAGCACAGCAAUCAUCAAUGCACUGAAUAAGAUUCGGGGAACAACUGAUCAUUUUCGUCUCAAGGAGGCGUGCGCGAGUGCACUUUUCGUCAUCAAUGACGUACUGGACAUCGAUGACGAGUCCAAAGGUCACGCAUCUACUCGUGGAGAACACCGCCAAAGGUCGGUGAGGAGUGAGGAAUCGUCGGGUCAUGGCGAGGAAGGUCAUAUUAUGAUCAGCUAUCAGCAUGCCAGUCAGGAUCGUAUGCUGAUGGUCAAGAGCUACCUUGAGGAACAGGGGUACAACGUCUGGAUGGAUGUGGACAAAAUGAAAGGUGAUAUACUGGAUUCCAUGGCCAAGGCGGUUCAGAGAGCCGAGGUCGUCCUUGUUUGCAUGAGUCAUAGAUUUAAAGAGAGUCAGCACUGUCGCACAGAAGCAACUUAUGCCUACACCCUAAAUAAAGCCAUCAUACCUCUGAUGCUUCAAGACGGAUUCGCCCCAGAGGACUGGUUGGGAGCCUUGAUGGGGAUGAAAAGGUACUACCCGGUAUUUUCAGAUGAUCUCAUGAGGCAGUCUCUUCCAGACUUGAUCAGGGAACUUGGCGACAGAGGCAAGCGAGAGAAAACAAAUAUGGUCGUGCCAUCUCUGGCUGAAGUCACAGGUACGAGCCCUGUCGUAGUCCAUGGUCAACGGUCACAGGAAAAGAGAGCGGGAGACGACACAGACGGCAAUGGAGGAAUCACAGACAACCCAGUAGACAGCCAAGAACUGUUGCAUUCAAGCUCAUAUACCAAGCAUGCAGAUACAUGUAUAGCCACAUGGAAUGUAGAAGAAACCAUGGAGUGGCUAAGAUCACAAGGUGUCGAAACCAGUUAUGACAGUUUCAAGAAAGUGGAUGGCACUCGCCUGAGGCAGAUCAAGAACCUGCUCAACCUGGCGCCUGAAUUUUGCCUAAAAUCUCUGAAGGAGGAAUUGAGUCUUAGCUUGUGGGACGUCUUAUCGUUAGUUGAUGCGUUGGAGAAACUAGAGUUUUAACCCUAUCCAGCCCCCCCCCCCGGAUGCAAAAACAGUCUGUAACACGAAAAGAUCGCGCUGGGAUGUUAACUUUCAUGAAAUUUUGGUUCAAAUUUUGAGACUAAAUUCGCGAAGCCGAAGUUACGUAACAUUUUUAAGUGCAUGCCAGAUCCAAAAUUGCUGAUUUUAUGUACAAAUCCAAUGCAAGUUCUGUAUGUAUAGCCAAAAUUCAUCAAUGUAUCCUUAUUUCUAUUUUUACUGAUUAAAACCAAUGGAUAUCAUCUUUAAUUUAUGACUAAAAUAGUGUUGCCGACGAUUUCCAUCGAAAAGACAAUGAAAAACAUAAAAAAAUAGUAAAUACAAAAAAAUUAAAAACAAUAAAAUUUGAUAUUGCCAAUUUUAUAAUAUACAUUUGAUAAUAAUCCUAAGUAGAGUGUCUUUGCCAAAAUCUAGCAGUUUUGGGGCCAUAUUUAAAGAUUUACAGCCAAAUUAUGAUGCGUUAUUUAGUAUUAUUUAUUUAUUACAAAUAAAUUGACAAUAUGAUUGUGGAGAUUACGUCAUAAGUGACGUUCGGGCCAAUAUUCGUCGCGAUCGCGAGAUCAACGGCCGAGAUCAGGGGGGGGGGGGGGGGGCAAAACAGCCCCCGGGGGCUAUGCAAUUUCAAAAUAGCCAGGGCCAUAUAGGGUUACAAAUGUUCGCUAAUAUCGCCAAAUUGGUAUUGUAAUUCCAACAUUCGUCUACUAUCAUUUGGUCUACCAUCAGUUCGCCCAAUAUCCACAUGGUCUAAUUGCCAUUUCGUCCACUCACCAUGCCGUCUAAUAACCACUUGGUCCAAUAGCCAUUUAGUCCAUAUACCAUUCGGUCUAAUUAGCAUAAGUGUUAAUUGGGCAAAAUGAAUGAAAAUAAAACGAAUAUUAGACCAACUGGUCAUGAGACGAAAUGGUCAUAGACGAACUGGUGAUUAGAAGAAUCGGACCAAAUGGUUGUUAGACGAAAUGUUGAUGGACGGAAUGGCAUUCGACUAGAUGAAGGUAGAGCAUGUGAUGAGUGGACGAGUUGACAGUGGACUAAUUGGCAAUUUUAAUUAUUAUACUUCCACAUAACUCUACAUGGAAAAACAGUGUAAUUCAUUUUCAUUAUAAUUUCCUUUUUUUGUGAUUAACAUAAUAUCCCCUCUGCUUCGUCAUGUUUUCCUUAUCUCAUUCUUCCUAUACUUUCCUGUGCACUUGUUAAUAUCUUUAUCUUCUUUUCCUUUCCCUUUGUUUUCUAUCCUAUAGUUGUCUCUGUGUCUCACGUGAUACUAAAUAAAGAGUGAUUUUUAGGUGAUUAAUAUUUCGAAUUUUCUCUUUGACUUGUAAUGUAAAGAUAUAUUUUAAUCGUACACAUAAAAUGCAAAUACCAUGUCUUUGGUCUACGCUAUCUACUUUUUUACUACAUUGUCUUCUUCAUUCCCUUUCUUCGGUAAUUUCCAUUACUUUUCUGAACCAAGUUUAUUUUAUGUGAAAACUUUUUCUAUGAAAACCGUUGUCGUGAAUUAUUUUCAUUCACUGUUUUUAUUUCUGUAUAUGUCAUGUUUAUUAUGUAUGUACACUUUGACAGGGCUCCCUUGUAAAGCAGGCCAUUCGGCUUGAAUGGGACAACCCUGUCUUUUACAGAAAACGUGAAUAAAUAAGUCAUAUAUCUUGCCUAUAUACUCACACCUAUAA